UCUUCUCUAUCUUGGAUAACUUUGGUUUCAAGAAAGAAAAUGUAACUGCACGUUUUCGACAUUCUGAAGAGAUAUCUAAAAAGAUGAACUGUCAAAUUGAAAGCUGUUACGAACAGUCUUUGAGAAUGAUACCUGCUGGCAGUUUUGCUGAAGGACUUUAUUUGUCAGGGAGUGAUCAAGAUUUUAUGUUUGUAGUUAAAGACGCAGUCUGUCUGGACCAAGGAAGUGAGAGUGAACACUUCAUUGUCUUGGAAACUGAUUAUACUAAUACCCCUCCUGGUUACACAAAGGCACUUUAUACAAACAUACCCGGAACAAAUCAACAUCAAGUAUCUACCAUUCUUUCCUUUGGCAUAUGCGGGUACAAAUCUGUGGCAAAUUAUCCUUACGUAUCUAGUGCAAAAUUCAGAAGCAGCUGUUAUGGUAUUCAUACGAUGCGUCCAAUGAGCACAAAAAAUGGGAUUGAAUCCAAUAUACGUACAACAAAUGGUCCUGCUAUAACAAACACAGUGCAAAUAGGAAACUCUUGUUUUGAAAGAGACACUGUUUAUUCGGUGUACUUCUAUGGAAGUGACAUUUUACUUAAGUGGGCUAAUAGGAGGAGGUUAUAUAACUGGCCCUCAGUUGAAAUUGUAAAGGAAAUAUCAGAAAUGGAAGGAUAUAUUGUACCUGUCGGGGAUAAACAAAGUGAAAACCAAAAUUUGGAAUGGCGCAUCUGUUACACUGCUGCCGAAAAAGAAUUAGUAUCGAGUCUAAGUGAUAUUCAAAUAAAACUUUACGUUUUACUAAAACUAGUGGCAAAAAGUGUUUUAAACCCGGUAUGUAAAGCAUUAACUUCCUAUGUUGUAAAGAAUGUUGUUUUCUGGAUAGUGGAAGGAACACAUCCGGAACAGCUUUCACCAGACAAUUUAGUUAGUCUAUUAUUGAAAUCAUUGCAUUUUAUAAAAUGCUGUUUAGAGGAAAACCACUUUCCAAACUACAUGAUCCCCGAGAGAAAUCUUUUAAGAGGUGCAGUAGUCGGUAAAGAGAAACAGAAUGUCAUAAAUUUCCUUUCUGACUGCUUAAGAGAAGGCGGAACUGUUAUGCUAAGUGUUCCAAAAUUGUAUAAGUGUGUUUCCUACAGGGUCACAAAUCCAGAAAAUAGUGUAUUUUAUGAAAAAUGGAGGGAUGAGGUAGAAAACCAACGCAACGUAAUAAUGCUACAACAACUUGAUCAUAUUGAUAUAAACUCGUGGUUAAAGCCUGAACAUCUAACUGUUACAAAUUACAAAAUUUCUAAGGAUAAAAGGAUUUUAACAAAUAAAAAGAAAUUAUUUUUAACUGUAGUACCUGACUGUGUAUCCCUAUGGCUUACAGGAAAAUCAAUUGAUGAAAUAUCUGAAAUAUAUAAAAGUAGGUUACAGGCAAGAAUGCUUUUAUAA